AUGGCACGAGCUCAACGUGAGGACAAAUCGGAGACGGUACAGACUUUUGCGGUUCCCGAUAAUGUCGGCGUGAACGGAGACGAAAAGGUACCACCACAAAUUUCAGUGACAGAUGUUCUUGGAGGACAAGUGACGUUAAUUAGUUGUUCACCUUCCCCAUCUCCGUCACCUGAUUCGCUUGAAGAUGCGUUACCUCAUUACAACACUCUCCCGAGUUUUGUUAUUUCAGAACCGUGUGAUCCUUCGAGACCUAGUAUCACACGUGGUAUCGGUAGACCACUUACGAUAUCUACUGAAGUCGAAGUUACUUUGUCCGAUGAAUCGAGUAGAUUAAAUUCUGAAGCUAUAUUAGGUCGUGUCAAACAAAUAAUAGAUGCAAGAGCGCCACCAAAAGGUUUCAUAUUCUCAAGAGAAGAAAUGGAAGGCAGUGGACUUAGUUUAGAAUAUCCAGGUGGUGUACAAAUUGAACUUAGAGUAUGCGAAUCGGAAGAAAAAGAAGUGAAGGGAAUAAAAAUGCGCAGGAUUAGCGGGGACCAAUUGCAAUACAGUCAACUUUGUCAGCAGUUGAUUUCGUGUAUUACUGUUUGACGACAACCAGCAUAUAAUAUAACACUAUUUUAUACAUUACGUUUUACACACAUUCCUAGUGUAACAUACACCGUUCAUCACAGUAUUGCAUAUACACGCUGCAUACACGCAAACGAUAUUUUAAAAUCGCCAUCCUUUAUAUAUUAUUACAUUUGUAUGUGUGACACAUUCAAUGUACUACAUCUUCUUUAAUAUUUACUUUGAAAGAAGUAAGAUAUAAGAGCUAUCUCUUGUUUAUAACAUAAAGUUUUAAAUAUGAAUAUAUUAAUAUAUUCGUAUCUUCUAAAAAUAUCUAUUAUAUGCAUGUUUAAUAAUCCUCAGUAACGUCGUAAUAUGUUUCAUUCUCUUUGUUUUUACUUAAUGCGGGUAUUAAGCGUUACAAAAAAAAGUUAAAUAAAAAUUUGUUCAUUGACAUGUAAUAGGGAUUAAUAAUAGUGUCCACUACAAAUGCAUCGAACGCACAUAUAUUUUGCUUGCAUUUGUUAGGUGUACAUAAUCACUGCGAAUGCUAUUAUUAUUUCCUAUCAUACUCUGCAAGGUUCCUUUUCAUCAAACAUAUUCUAAAUGUUCCGUAUAUAUAUAUAUAUAUAUAUAUA